GGCAGAAUGGGGAUUUUACAUGCGUGUUUUAAUUAAUCAAUUAAAAAGGGCAGAAGGAAAGAGAGGGUGGGGCCUGUAGGAAAGCAUAAAAUGGGAGUAUCGGUACAACUUUGGUGAACUAGAAGAAAGAAUGAGCAAGAGACCUCCGCCUGAUCCCGUGGCGGUGCUGAGGGGUCACCGCGCUUCUGUCACCGACGUCUGCUUUCAUCCCUCCAAUUCUAUACUUUUCACAGGUUCUUCAGACGGGGAGUUGCGGAUAUGGGAUACAGUACAGCACCGGACAGUAUCAUCCGCCUGGGUGCACAGCGCGGCACACGGCGUUGUCUGUGUUGCCGCUAGUCCUUUAAUUGGAGACAACAAACUUGUCAGCCAGGGUAGGGAUGGAACCGUUAAGUACUGGGAUAUCGAGGAGGGAGGUCUGUCAAGCUUGAUUUUCAAUUUUGACAACAGGUCUCCUUCUCUUACAAUCAAAACAAAUGCUUACCACUUUUGCAAGCUUUCCUUAAUGAAGAAGCCUUGUGCCUGUGCAAGGCAAGCUGAAGGGCCUAAGCAUUAUCAUGAUAUGGAUGUCAAGGACACAGUUGAUGCUGAAAUGCUGAAUGAUAGCAGUGGAAAGGCUCAAGAAAGUCUGACAGAGUGUUCUGAUGCUGCACAUGCUGAAGGGCCAAAAUAUGUUGCAAUAGCGGGGGAACAGUCUUCUGAGGUUGAGAUUUGGGAUCUCAAUACUGCAGAAAGGAUUGCACAAUUACCUCAAAAGUGCCUUGGUGGAUCCUCAAAUUAUUGUACAAAAUCAAGAGGAAUGUGCAUGGCUGUUCAGGCAUUUUUACCAUCUGAAUCACAGGGUUUCCUAAACAUCUUGAGUGGUUAUGAGGAUGGAACCAUGGUUUGGUGGGAUAUAAGGAAUCCAGGGAUUCCUAUAACUUCUGUAAAGUUUCAUUUGGAGCCAAUUUUAAGCAUAUGCCUUGACGGGUCAUGCAGUGGGGGAAUCUCUGGAGCUGCAGAUAACAAAAUUGUGAUAUUUGGUCUAGAUAAUCCGAUGGGUUCGUGUGUAGUCAAGAAAGAAAUUAGUUUGGAGCGGCCUGGCAUAUCAGGCACCUCAGUUCGAUCGGAUGGCAAAAUUGCUGCAACUGCUGGCUGGGACCAUAGAAUAAGGAUAUUUAAUUAUCGUAAAGGAAGCGCUUUGGCAAUAUUAAAGUAUCAUCGUGCCACGUGCAAUGCUGUCUCAUUCUCACCUGAUUGCAAGCUAAUGGCCUCCUCCUCAGAAGACUCCACAGUUGCGCUGUGGGAACUUUACCCUCCCUAAUACAGAACUUAAAUUAUAUAGACUGCAAUGCACCAAGCUGGGAUUGCGAGAUUCGUGGUCAAUGGCAUGGUCCAGAUGCUUUGUUUCUCUUAUUUUCAUCACUUAAUUUCUGUUUUGUUUUAUACUCAUGUAAUAGUAGAUUUUGGGUCUCAUGUUGAGGUGUUGUACAUACAGUAAAGAGGGUUACCUACAUUGAUCAUAUUUAUUUCGGUUUUUCUUCUAGGCUGGAAAUAUACAAAGGGGACUUGAUGUAUAAAAAGAAAGUUGGAGACUGGAAAAUUUUGCUGUGUUUUACACGGCGCUCUAAAUCAGUUAGGUUGGUUUGCAUAAAGUUUGAAAUCGAUACUCUAUUUCCUUGCUUUUAAGGCUGUAAACCAAUAAUUUCUCACUGAAAUAUGCUGAACCAGAUCCAUGCUUCUGAUUCAUUCAUAAACCAAUAGCUCUUGAAUACACACAAGUGGGCUUCCUAGAACAGGUGUGUGGACCUCUUCCGUGUAAGUCAGGGCUGAAUUGAUCGGUGCAUGGGGCCCUAAAUGAUCUGGGCAGCAAAGAGAAUUACGCAGUCUUACAAAGUGUUAUUCUAUUACCCGUCCUGGGGAUGAAAAGAUUAUCAUUGGAUCAGAACAAGACUUUAUGUUAUUGGGGCCGAAUGAAGAAUGAGACUCCUCAGCUGAAAACCUAAUAGACAGAAUGGUAUGUAUAAAUACUAGAAUUCUGAAGAGGUACAUGUGCUGUGACUGUUUCUCUCGGUGCAAAUCUGACUCUGAGAUUGAACUUGCUCUUUACAAUUAAGUAAAGCAUCUUCAUUGA